GUGAUUUCUUGCUUCGCAUAAACAAAACAAGCUGCACCGCGGAUCGCCACGAAUUUGAUUUUCUCGUCGCGAUCGGUGAUUUUUCCACCAAAUUUCGUGUUUUUCGUCAAACAAAUUAGUUAGUGCUUGUUCAACUCUAGUUCUACAACGAUGGACGACGUCGCAACGAUGAAAAGUGAAAACGCAAACCUACGGAAGAUCCAAUCGCGACUGCUCCAGUGGGAGCAGAAGGACAAUCCUCUGGCGCCGCUCAGCAGUGCCCAGAAUGAGUUCAUCAAUCGGCUGGCCGACAGUUUGACCGGUGCGACUUCCCCUGGCACGAAUCCAUUGAUGGAAAGUCAAGAGCUGAGCCUGGAAAGCAAAACGACUUUGGUGGAUUUCAAGAACUCCGGUAGCGUAAUCGAUUCCACGCAGGACUUCCUUUCCUGGUACAACUCGAUCGAUUCGGAAAUCCUGGAGCACUAUGACGACGUGUAUCUGGAUUACUACGGCCAAUUAAAGCAACGGUCGGUCGAGUGCGACAAGCUGCUGGAGGAGAUCGACGUUUCGCUGGAAUCGCUGCAGAAGCUGACAAAUGAGUACAAGUUCGUGUCGGAGAAGACGUCUUCGUUGCAUCAGGCGAGCGAGAAUCUGCUUCAGGAUCAGACCAAGUUGAACGAAAUCGGUGAGGAGAUUAGGAGACGUCUGAAGUACUUCAGCCAGGCGGAGAGCAUCUACCAGAGGUUGCAGAAUCCGACGUUUUCGGUUUCGAACGAUACGUUUGUGGAAAUCCUGAACACGAUCGACGAAUGCUUGGAAUACAUGAGGGUUAAUCCCGGGUUCAGUGAGGCCUUCGCUUACGGGGUGAAGUAUCGGAACUGUUUGUCCAAAGCAACGCAGAUGAUGCGAAACUACGUGAGCAACAUCCUGACGAAUGCCACGGCACAGAUUCUGGGGCCACAGCGAAGUGAAACAGGGAUGGAGCAGGGAUCGGAAGCGGCGUUCGCUUUGUACUACGGGAAGUUCCAGGCUUCGGCACCCAGGGUAAAGAGAAUUACAGGGAUGAUUGAGGGACGGCUGGAUCGAAGCGUGGAAUACGAACAGUUGCUGGCCGCCUUGCAUCAGCAGUUCCUGGCUAAUAGGGCAACGAUUAUGAGCUCAGGAGUGGAGCAAGCGAUCCGUGAUCUCAGUAAGAAGCACAAGGGAGACCACUGUGCACUGGUGCGAUCGGCAUGUGCCUUCAUGGUGCAUGUCUGCCAGGAUGAGCACCGGUUGUUCUUCCAGUUCUUCACCAAUUCAAGUCCCCAACUGACGGCAUAUAUGGAAGGGUUGUGCACUAUUUUAUAUGACACGCUUAGGCCAUUUAUCAUCAGGAUCGAUCAUUUGGAGACGUUGGCCGAAAUUUGCAGCAUUCUUCGGGUUGAAAUGCUCGAUGAACACGUUACCUAUAACCCCGAAUCGCUGGAAGCUUUCGCCAAAAUCGUCUACCAACUGCUGCAGGACGUCCAGGAGCGGAUCGGUUUCCGAGCGCAGAACUACCUGGAAUCAGACAUCCUUAACUAUCGCCCGUCCGCCGGCGAUCUUGCCUAUCCGGAGAAGCUGGAAAUGAUGGAAAGCAUAGCCCUGUCCCUGCAGGAGAACUAUCUCCGCCGCGCGGAUUCCCGCAGCUCCAUCGUGUCCAUGACUUCGCUGGCAUCGCAGGAAGUGGAAAGCAUCAACCAGCAGGCCGAACAGGCUUCGAAGUCCCGAGCCAGCAACUCGCCGGCCGACCUGCACGGCAUGUGGUACCCAACGGUGCGUCGGACAUUGGUCUGCCUUUCGAGGCUCUACCGUUGCAUAGAUCGGGCCAUCUUCCAGAGCUUGUCCCAACAGGCGCUGGCCUAUUGCAUCCAAAGCGUUUCAAACGCAGCAGCGCAGAUCAGCCAGAAGAAAACCAGCAUCGAUGGAGAACUGUUCGAGAUCAAGCAUCUGCUGAUUCUGCGGGAGCAAAUUGCGCCCUUCCGAGUCGACUUCACCGUCAAGGAGACCAGUCUGGAUUUCAGCAAGGUGAAAACGGCUGCCUUCGAGCUGCUGCAGAAGAGGAAGCAGUUGUUCGCGCUGGGGUCCAAUAACGCUUUGUUGGAGUUUUUGCUGGACGGAACACCUCAGGUCAAAGAGCAACUGUUGGAUUCCCGCAAAGACGUCGACCGUCAGCUGAAAAUGGUUUGCGAGAUGUUCAUCAAAGACGCGACCCGGCAACUGGUGGGACCCAUUCUGAACUUUAUCGACACCGCCCAGAACCACGUGAAGCAAAGUGCAGCAUCCGGAUCAAGCCAACCCGGUGCAAAGCAGCAACAGCAGCAAGGCCUCGCUCUGCGAAUGGCAGCGUUUGCUGCCCCACAGCAGAUCAGUUCCAUCAUUCAGGAAAGCAUUCGCAACAUAAAAACCAAACUGGGUGCACUGCAGCGAUCCAUGCAACUCUAUCUGGCCAACAAGGACACCGAAUUCAUUUUGUUCCGCCCGAUCCGGAACAACAUUAUCGGGUCGUUUGUCAAGCUGGAACAACUGCUGACCACCAAUUCGUACAGCAAAGAUGAUCUAACGGUCGUCAGUUGCCCCUCGGCGGAGCAGAUUUCGGUGCUGCUGUCGAGCGUCAAUCUGAGUGGCACUGUCGGGGCUGAGCCUUUCGGCGGAAUUCAGCGUAAGAUCAGUGCUUCCUCAAUGGGAGGCAAUGGAGGUGCUUCGGUCAAGCCGCCGAUUGAGAAGAAGGUAAGCUUCGAUAGUGGAGCCAAUACGGUGGUUCAAAUCGAGGCAGGUUCCGAGGCGGUUGAGGUAAGUGCGGAGGAAGCAUCUGUGGAGGAGGCGCUUGAAGGUAAGAUUGAGGCCGAGUAAGAUAUAUUGAUAAGGGAUGAUACAUUCUGUUAGUUGUUAUCUGAAGAGCAUGCAAUAUUUAAUAUAUCAAACUAUUGAAAUCAUU